AUGAACGACAUCCUGUCCGGUGCUGCGAUCCUUGAGGAAGCUGAAGCCAUGCUGCGACAGCUGACAAAGAUCUGCAAGGCGGGCGGCUUCUCGCUAAAAAAGUGGUCGGUCCUCUCGCUGACAGCCAAACUGUUCGAUCCGCUCGGAUGGCUGUCCCCAAUUACAGUAUUGGCCAAAAUCUUUAUACAAUCUACCUGGCUACUAGGCCUCGACUGGGACUCACCGCUGCCAAACGACGAGGCGAGGAAGUGGCUGCGAUUCCAGAGCGAGCUACCGGAGCUGGAGAAGCUUUUUAUACCUUGCUGGUUAGGAAGUGUGACUGACUUACACCUGGAGAUCCACGAGUUCGCCAAUGCCUCCGUGCGUGCCUACUCCGCCGUCAUCUACCUGAAGACAAAAACGUACGAGAUUACAAGAGUCACCCUGCUUGCAGCAAAAACCAAGGUAGCGCCUUUGAAGCAAGUCUCCUUACCGCGCUUGGAGUUGUCUGCCGCUACUCUUCUCGCUCAACUGGUCGCCCACGCCGUACCUCUCAUUAGUGCAGAGAAGGCGCUUCUUCAUCUGUGGUCGGAUUCCACAGUGACUCUUGGCUGGAUCCGUGGACACCCCUCGUCAUGGAUCACCUACGUGGCUAAUUGGGUCAGGGGCCGAACCGAAGAUGCUGCUGUGCUAUUCUUCUCUGCAACAAUUACUUCGGAUUACCUCGUGGUGCCGUCGUUGGUUGCUGAUCCACCGUCGGCCUCGCCACGUACAGGACAAGCUGAGAGUGAUCAGCUCAAUAGAGCCAGACUCUCCUGGUUGAGACUGAUCCAGGCUGCAAAAUACGAGGAAGAAAUAGAGGUACUGCAAGGAGAAAAGCCUCUGCCGCUGCGAAGCUUCCUUCUUCAACUCAGUCCGUUCCUGGACGAGGAGGGAAUCCUUCGCUUCGGCGGACGGCUACGACACGCACGGAUGCCGUUCGACGCCGCCCACCUACCAUACUGCCAGGAACAUCAACGUAUACCAACCUUGUCAUCACCGACCACCAUCAUCAGCGGAGCCACCUUACACGGCGGCACCCAGUUGACUUUGUGCUCCCUGCGGUAG